AACAACACUCACUUUACUCUUUUUUCCCCCUUCACACACUUCUCUCCCAAACUAAAGACAAAACACUCUUCUCUCUCUCUCUCUCUCUCUUUUCACACUCUCUUCUCCGGCGAAACAAAGAUGAUAACGGCGACGGACUUUUACCAUGUCAUGACGGCUAUGGUUCCGUUAUACGUAGCUAUGAUCCUCGCUUACGGCUCAGUCAAAUGGUGGAAAAUAUUCACACCAGACCAGUGCUCCGGCAUAAACCGUUUCGUAGCUCUCUUCGCCGUUCCUCUCCUCUCUUUCCACUUCAUCGCCGCUAACAACCCUUACGCCAUGAACCUCCGUUUCCUCGCCGCUGAUUCACUUCAAAAAGUCAUAGUCCUCUCUCUCCUCUUCCUCUGGUGCAAACUAAGCCGCAACGGCUCCUUAGACUGGACCAUCACUCUCUUCUCGCUUUCCACUCUCCCAAACACUCUAGUCAUGGGGAUACCACUACUCAAAGGCAUGUACGGUGACUUCUCCGGCCAGCUGAUGGUUCAAAUCGUUGUGCUUCAGUGUAUCAUCUGGUACACGCUUAUGCUUUUUCUCUUUGAGUACCGUGGAGCUAAGCUUUUGAUCUCCGAGCAGUUUCCGGACACAGCUGGAUCUAUUGUCUCGAUUCAUGUUGAUUCCGACAUUAUGUCGUUAGAUGGAAGACAACCUUUGGAGACUGAAGCUGAGAUUAAAGAAGAUGGGAAGCUUCAUGUUACUGUUCGUCGUUCUAACGCUUCGAGGUCUGAUAUAUACUCGAGAAGGUCUCAAGGCUUAUCCGCGACUCCUCGGCCUUCGAAUCUAACCAACGCCGAGAUUUAUUCCCUUCAGAGUUCAAGAAACCCGACGCCUCGUGGGUCUAGCUUUAACCAUACUGAUUUUUACUCGAUGAUGGCUUCUGGUGGUGGUGGUGGUGGUGCUAGGAACUCUAACUUUGGUCCUGGAGAAGCUGUGUUUGGUUCUAAAGGACCUACUCCGAGACCUUCGAACUACGAAGAAGACGGUGGUGCUGCUAAACCAACGGCUGCUGGAACUGCGGCGGGAGCUGGGAGGUUUCAUUAUCAAUCUGGAGGGAGUGGUGGUGGUGGUGGCGGAGGAGCGCAUUAUCCGGCGCCGAAUCCAGGGAUGUUCUCGCCUCAGACUGGUGGCGGUGGGGGUGCGACGGCGAAAGGUAACGCUCCGGUUAGUGGUGGAAAGAGGCAAGACGGAAAUGGAAGAGAUCUUCAUAUGUUUGUGUGGAGUUCGAGUGCAUCGCCGGUUUCAGAUGUGUUCGGCGGUGGAGGUAACCACCACGGUGAUUACGCCGCCGCUACGAACGAUCAUCAAAAGGACGUUAAGAUCUCUGUACCUCAGGGGAAUACUAACGACAACCAGUUUGUGGAGAGGGAAGAGUUCAGUUUCGGUAACAAAGAUGAUGAUAGCAAAGUUUUGGCAACGGACGGAGGAAACAACAUAAGCAACAAAACGCCGCAGCCUAAAGUGAUGCCACCAACAAGUGUGAUGACAAGACUCAUUCUCAUUAUGGUUUGGAGGAAACUAAUCCGUAAUCCCAACUCUUACUCUAGUUUAUUCGGCAUCGCUUGGUCCCUCGUCUCCUUCAAGUGGAACAUUGAAAUGCCAGCUCUUAUAGCAAAGUCUAUCUCCAUACUCUCAGAUGCAGGUCUAGGCAUGGCUAUGUUCAGUCUUGGGUUGUUCAUGGCGUUAAACCCAAGAAUAAUAGCUUGUGGAAACAGAAGAGCAGGUUUUGCGGCGGCUAUGAGAUUUCUCGUCGGACCUGCCGUCAUGCUCGUUGCUUCUUAUGCCGUUGGCCUCCGUGGCGUGCUCCUCCGUGUCGCCAUCAUCCAGGCAGCAUUGCCACAAGGAAUAGUACCGUUUGUGUUCGCUAAGGAGUAUAAUGUGCAUCCUGACAUUCUUAGCACUGCUGUCAUCUUUGGCAUGCUGAUUGCGUUGCCCAUAACUCUUCUCUACUACAUUCUCUUAGGGCUAUGAUGAGAUAUUACCUUAAACACAGGGACCUUUUGUAAAUCUUUUGGGUGAUUAUGAAAUGUGAAAACAAAAGAUGCCCUUUUUGUUGAAUACCCACAAAUUUAAUCAUAAAAAGCAGCCUUUAGUGAAUCUUCGAAGAUAAUUUGGAGAAAGAAGCUCUUGAAGAAAGGAAGAAGAAGAGGUCUUAAGUAGGAGCUUGGCAAGUUUUACCUUUUCUUAGUUUUAAUGAACAUUCGUGUUUCUUUUGGUAGGUUGUAGGAAUUUGUAAAAGCGUUGCUACUUUUAAGUGAAUUAAAACGUUAAGGAAAAAAACUCAAAAGUUUAAUUAA